ACCACCCUCUGCACCAAGGCAUUGUGGGUAUUGAGGUUCGGCGUCACGUUUUGUAUCCAGCAUGGCAGCGAAACAGAAAAGGAAAUUAGAAGACCUCAGUGUGGACGAGUUUCUUCUGUCAGGAUUUGACUCAGCAGGCGAAGAAGAGUCUGAAGAAGAAACCUCCAGACAGAAUGGACACAAGAAGACAGAUGGGAAAUCAGCAGCUUCAAAGAAGGGUGAAAAGAAGAAAGGAAAGGCAUCUGAGCAUAAGGAGCAACUAUCCAGGUUAAGCAAAGAUCCGGCGUUCUACAAGUUCCUUCAGGAGAAUGAUCAAAAACUUCUAAACUUUGAUGACACAGACAGCUCUGAGGAUGAUGAGCGCAAGUAUCACAAACUGCCAUCCAUUCUCGAGGAGGCCAGCUCUGGAGAUGAUGAUGAUGAUGACGAUGACAAUGAGAGGGGACAAAAAGAUUCUGUGAAGAAAUCCAAGAAGGAAGUGGAGGCCAUCAAAGUCACUGAUAAGAUGAUUGAGCACUGGAAAGCUGCUCUUAAGGAGAACCCCAGUUCUCGUCUGUUCAGAGAUGUCACCCAGGCUUUCAAGGCUGCUGUGGCCACUACAAAGGGCGAAGGAGCCAGUCAGUGUCGCUAUAAAGUGGCCGACAGUUCAGUGUUCAAUGCUUUGGUCCUGUUCUGCAUUAGAGAUAUUUAUGCUUUUCUGCAGAGGUUGCUCAACCUGAAGACAAAUAAUGACCAGAAAAAGCUUGUACUCCCGUCAUCAAGCUCCAAAUGGCAGAAAAAUCAGACGGACAUCAAGAUGUAUCUUAGCGGAUUAGUUCAGCUUUUCUCAUGUCUGACUGAGUCUACAGCCGCGGUCCUCCGCCAUGCUAACCAGCUUAUACCUUACUACCUGUGUCUGCCCAAGCAGUGUCGCCACCUGGUUAAGCAACUGAUGAAGCAGUGGAGCACAGGAGAGGAAACAAGUCGUGUCCUUGCUUUCUUGGCCCUAAACAAAAUCUGCAGACACAAGCAGGACACAUAUCUCAACCCUGUUCUCAAGCAAAUGUACAUUUCAUAUGUUAAAAACUGCAAGUUUACAUCUCCCAAUGCACUGCCAAUGAUCAACUUCAUGCAGCGAACUCUGACAGAGAUGUAUUCACUGGACACAAGCACGUACCAGCAUGGCUUCAUCUACAUCCGACAGCUGGCCAUCCACCUCAGGAACUCCAUGACAGUGAAGAAGAAGGAAGCAUAUCAGUCUGUGUAUAACUGGCAGUACAUUCACUGUCUGUACUUGUGGAGUCGAGUCCUCAGCACCUUGCACCCAAGUGAGGUACUACAGCCUCUCAUCUACCCACUCUGCCAGGUCAUCACGGGCUCCAUUAAAUUAGUGCCCACAUCCAGAUAUUAUCCUCUGAGGUUGCACUGUUGCAGAGCGCUCACCCUGCUGUCCAGCAGCACCAACACAUUCGUACCCGUGUUGCCUUUCCUGUUGGAGAUCUUCCAACAAGUGGAAUUCAACAAGAAGCCAAGCCGAAUGAGUAAGAAACCUAUAAACUUUGCAGUCAUCCUGAAGCUUAACAAGGUUAACUUAAUGGAGAAAGCAUACAAGGAUCAUAUCAUCUCAAAGCUGUAUGACUUAAUACUGGAGUAUCUUCACACUCAGUCCAGCUCCAUUGGUUUUCCAGAACUCGCCCUGCCCGCCGUCAUUCAGCUGAAAGCGUUCCUGAAAGAAUGCAAAGUGGCCAAUUACUGUAAGUCGGUGCGCCAGCUGCUGGAUAAGAUACAGGAGCACAGCAGCUACAUCACAAAGCAGAGACAGAAGGCCACCUUUGGGGUCGCUGAUGCCGCUGCGGUGGCGGCUUGGGAGAAGCAGAUCCAGGAGGAGGGAACUCCUCUCAGUCGCUACUACAGCCAGUGGAAGAAGCUGAGGGAGAAGGAGAUCCAGCUGGAGAUCUCUGGCAAAGAAAGGAUGGAGGAUCUCAACCUCCCUGAGAUCAAACGCAAGAAGAUUCAGGAGAAGGAAGAGGACAAAAAGGAGUUUAAGGAUCUGUUUGAUUCUGAUGGCGGCUCAGACGAUGAUGACGCUGGACUGAAAAUCAAAGGUAAAAAGGCCAAACAUGGGUCAGAUGAUGAUGACGACAACGAUGAUGUCGUCAUCGAUGAUGAUGAUGAUGAUUCUGCUGACAUGAUCGAUGAUGAAGCUGCUGCCAUCGAACACUCGGAUGAGGAUGAUGAGGAGGAGGAGGAAAGGAGAUGAAAAUCCCCGUCAGCUCCUCAGCCGCUGUCCUCCUCUGCACUGAUGAAGCUGGCAGAGGGAGACGAGGAUUUGGUGGAGGACCUGGAGCUCUCUGAUGAUGACUGAAGUUCAUAGAUGCACCUGAGUGAACUUUUU